AAAAAUCCCACGUCACCUAGGUAUUGUCGCCGAUAGUGUCGUCACUAUCUUAGCUUUCGCGGACGCUAGUGAAAAGGCAUAUGGUGGAGUUAUUUACUUCCAUGUUCAAAACAGCGAUGGUAAUACUGUCAACUUGUUAACUGCUAAAUCGAAAGUCUCUCCUAAGAAGGUAGUUUCUCUCGCUCGUCUUGAGCUAUGUGCUAUACUUGUGCUAGCUCAACUCAUAAAAAAUGUCGUUGUCGCUUGUCAAAACCGCGUUGUUAUUCGUAAUAUAUUCGCAUUUUCGGACUCUACGGUCGCACUCUGUUGGGUACAUUCGUCGCCCCAUCGGUGGAACACCUUUGUGGCUAACAGAGUGUCUAAAAUACAUAAUGACUUAUCUCCACAAAAUUUGUAUCACGUGUCCGGUACAGACAAUCCCGCUGAUUGUCUCUCACGCGGACUCACACCUUCUCAAAUUAUUGAUCAUCCGCUUUGGUUCACUGGUCCUCGUUGGGCUCACUUGGAUGUCUCACAGUGGCCUGUCGUUCCCUUCAAUCCCUCUUCCGUGUCCGAAGCACCUGAAGAGAAGAAACAUUCGUUGCUAGCUACACCAAAUGAAAGAUCUCUCAUUCUUUCUUUGGCCGAUCGUAUUUCGUCUUGGAGUAAAUUACUUCGUGUGGUAAUUUACAUUUGUCGUUUUACUAAAUUGUUACCUCUUAGAUAUCGCAUGUCAGCGUCGGAUUACGACUUCGCUGAAUUACUCGUUCUUCGCCAACUUCAAACUCAUUAUUUCUCCGCUGAGAUCGUCAGACUCGGGGAAGGCAAGGAUUGUAGUCCUUUUAUUCGACACUUGAAACCGUUCCUCAAAGACGGACUCAUUAGAGUCGGAGGCCGUCUAAGUAACUCUGAUUUGAAUUAUGAUAGGAAGUAUCCCAUCUUGCUUCCAAGUAAGGAUCCAAUUUUAAAUUUGCUUGUCGAAUACCAUCAUAAGGUUAAUUGCCACGCAGGUCCUGAUUUGCUGAUGUCACUCUUACGUCAAAGGUAUUGGAUACUUUCUGCUAGAAACUUAAUUAGAAGUAGAGUACACAAGUGUCUUCCUUGCUUUCGGCUCAGACCAAAGCCAAACUUUCCUGAGAUGGCAGAUCAUCGUUCUUGCCGUGUUGUUCAAUCUGCUAAACCGUUCGUCCACACGGGCACGGAUUAUGCUGGUCCGUUUAAAGUUACCAUGUCUCGUGGUCGAGGUGUUCGUUCCACCAAGGCUUACGUGUGUCUGUUCGUCUGCAUGACUACACGCGCGGUGCACAUAGAACUGGCUGGUGAUCUCAGCACAGCUAGUUUUAUGGACGCUUUUAAACGGUUUCUUUCCAGGCGUGGCCCGGUUAGUAGAAUUUAUUCAGACAACGGGACUAACUACAUAGGCGCUAAACGCAAACUGUCGGAACUUCAUAGAUUUCUUUGCUCGGAACAUCAUAAUACUGAAUUUGGUCAUAUGUUAGCUGAAAAUCGUAUAGAUUGGUCGCUCAAUGUCCCCACUGCCAGUCAUUUCGGCGGCAACUGGGAGGCUAAUAUCAAAAGUUUAAAGUCGCAUUUAUAUCGUACUGUAGGAGAUACUGUUCUUUCGUUUGAAGAAUUAAGUACCGUGCUUACCCAAGUCGAGUCUGUAAUGAAUACGAGACCUUUGUGCAGGACACUCUCUAGUGAUCCUUCGGAACCACUUGCUUUAACUCCAGCACACUUUUUGAAUCUUACGCCUUUAAAAUACUUACCGGCGCAAGAAGUAGAGACAAAAUCUAUCGUGACUAGACACCAGUUGUUAGACAAAUUAGUACAAUCGUUUUGGAAGCGCUGGAGAAAUGGAUACCUUCACACAUUGCAAUCGCGUCGUAAAUGGAACACGCCGGUGGAUCCAGUCGUUGUCGGCACGGUCGUCGUUCUUAAAACUGAUAAUUCCCCUCCACUACACUGGCCUUUGGGUGUCGUUGAGGAGGUUUUCCCUGACUCCACCGGAGUGACUCGUGUCGCUCGGGUAAAGACAGCGACUGGAUCCUACUUGCGUCCCGUCGUGCGUCUAUGCCCGUUGCCCAAUCAAUAAAUUUCAAGCUCGUUAUUCAAAACUUUAUUAGUAGUUAGGUAGAUUAGGCAAAAUAGGUACUUAGUUUUCAUUUUGUUAUUUCGUUUCGUAUACUUACGUAGUACAACUAUCGUAUAAAUAAUUUAGUUUCGUAAAUUGCUUCAACUCUUGAAGGCAUCCCUUCAAGCCCGGGGGGAAUGGUUGCGCGGUAAUUUUCAUACUCAUAAUUUGUUAUAUUGGUAAUUUCACUGGUGUUUGCAAUCCUAUUCCCUUCCUUUUCCCGCACAUACCUCAACGCAUUCGUUGGAGCGAGAGGCGACACUAGCGCCCUUGAGUCGUGUGUGCAACAUAACAA